CCACGGACACGCACAGGCCAAGACACACUUCCGAUACGAUCACCGUAACUGGGGCGUCUUCAGUCGGUUCUUGAUCGUUCGCGCAACCUGUAGCGUCUUGGUUCGAUUUCGCAGUCACUCGCGUACGACGUUGGCCGAUCGGCGACUCAUAGUGCAUUUGUGGCAGUGUUCAUUAAUUCACAUAGGAAACAACCAUGCCGAAGCCAGUGGAAGAGCCGUUCGACCAGUUCCAGCAGUACUACCGAACACCGAGCAAUCGGACUACGACUGAGAACUUCCAACUAUUCCUGUGGAAUCCGGAUGAGGGUGCCAUCUUUGGUCGCACACCCUCCAGUUGGUCGAAGAUCGGCACGUUCUACAUCAUCUUCUACAGCGUACUAGCCGCGCUUGUAGCCGUGUGCAUGUGGGUUUUCUUCCAGACACUGGAUCCCCGCAUUCCCAAAUGGCAAAUGGACCAGUCACUGAUCGGCACCAAUCCAGGAUUGGGCUUCCGUCCGUUACCGUCGGAGGAUAAUGUCGAGAGCACGCUGAUCUGGUACAAGGGUACGGACGAAAAGAACUACAAGAUGUGGACGGAUGCGUUGGACAAAUUCCUGGAAGAUUACAGAACACCCGGCCAGGUGUCGGGUCGCGGCCAGAACAUCUACAACUGCGAAUACAAUCAGCCACCGCCGAAGGGCAUGGUGUGCGACGUGGACAUCAAGCAGUACGGGCCGUGCACGCUGGAGAAUCACUACAACUAUCACAAGAGUGCGCCCUGCAUAUUCCUGAAGCUGAACAAAAUCUAUGGCUGGGUGCCGGAGUUCUACAAUGAAUCGUCCAGCCUGCCCAACAACAUGCCGAACGAGCUGAAGGAGUACAUCAAGGAGAAGGAACAGAAGGAGAGUCACACGAUGAACACGGUGUGGGUAACGUGCGAGGGUGAAAAUGCGGCCGAUAUUGAGAAUGUGGGACAGAUUCAGUACUAUCCGCGACGCGGAUUCCCCGGCUAUUACUAUCCGUACGAAAACUCCGAAGGUUACCUGAGCCCGCUGGUUGCGGUGCACUUUGAACGCCCAGUUCGUGGAAUCAUCAUCAACAUCGAGUGCAAAGCUUGGGCCCGCAACAUCAAGCACGACCGACACGAACGAUUGGGAUCGGUCCACUUCGAGCUGAUGAUUGAUUAAGCGGUUACGGCUUUUACGGUGGUGUUCCAGUGGCGCAAUAUGAUCGUGCGCUAACGACCCUCCGGUGGAACACCGAAGUCUUUCGUACGGCGACCGAGGAGACACAAAAGACUCAUUCUCAACAACAGCAACAAAAAUCCGCGUUGUAGCUCCCGCGCGCCAUCAGCUACAAGCGCAACAGAAUCUCUAAUUGCAAUCGAGGAUGGCCUGCGAUGGGUGAUUAGAACAGAGCAACAGGAUACACGUUCAUGCACAGCAAAUACACCCCCUCACAACACAUACACACACACAUCUCUUCUAACAGCGGGCCGCGUGCAUUCUCGACGCGCCAAACAACAACAAAAAAACGUUAAUGUGCAAACGUUUUGUGUGUUUUCUUUUGCAAUACGGGAAACAGCCAUAGGGGCAAUAUUUUAUCCACCGUUAGGAGCACCCAAUUUUAUGUAAAUCUUUAUUGUUUUCCUUUCCUUUGGGCAGCUGCGUUGUGAUGUUUUUUUUUUUAUCGUUAAGACCACUUUUGCAAAGCGGUUCGUGUUUGUUUGAGUAGCGUAAUCUCUUUAUCGUCAUCUAUGAGCUUUCUGAUAUCGAAAUGAAUCUCUUUCAUGGUAUGGGCCCACUUGUGGCUGCUUACUACGAAUCUCGUUACAUCCAAGUUGUUCAAUUGUUCAAAGGCAAAUUUAAAUCUCAUACUUUAUCGCGCUAGCGUACACAGUGGCAUACCAUUCUUGAUGAUCUCAGUGAUCAUACUGUCAAGAAACAAAAUCGGUAUUAGGUCUAAUCCAAGGGUCUAAGUAGAGGGAUUGUUAAAGAACGGUUCUUGUACAUCUGUAAAUAUAUGAUCGCGUGAUAAAGAUCGCAUCUCAGAUCGCUGCGAGUAUUAUAAUAACAUCGUAAAGCAACGUGCAGGAUUGCUAAGUUACGCUAGCAGGGAGCGUAUUCGUUGGAAUGCUUCGAAAGCACCUUCAUCGACGUACGGCUCGCUACCGGUUACACCAUAUACACCUAGCUACGUCACACGUAUAUUAUCCACACGUUCGAUUUUGUACUACUGCCAAUUGAGCAAUAAUAAGCGACUAAAAAUAUCUCAUCCCCAACCGUUCAUAACUGCUCGAACGCUUGCAUCGCAAAGUAACGCCUUGAAGGUUUGUGGAUCGCUUCUGCCUCGGACAUGCCAAGAAAACAAAAAAACCUUGAUGACGUGAUUCACUCGUUCUAGUAUUACUAUUGUGGGAGAUUUUUAUUGUAUGUUGCACUCGAGCAGCAAAAUAAGAGCAAUGAAUGUCACACAAAAUACACCUCCAAAAUGCAGUUUACCUUUCCGUUCAGCAAGGUCCCACACGCAGAUAGUCACUUACCACCUUUAGCUCGAUUACCGUUCUUUCCUUUACAAAAAUACUGCACGCUAGUGUGUCAAAAACAAAACAAAACGAUCUAAGGGAACAAAUCUUUGUAGCGUAGUAAUAAUAGAAAACAAAAGAUAUAUUAUAUUUAAUUGUGGAGAGAAGCAUCAAGCUUGAUGAAACGCUGCCAACCGGCAGUACGUAAUGUUGGAUGGAAACCAGCUACAAUCUUACAAACACCACCUAAAACAAAACACAGACAAAAGGAAAACCCGUAAACGUAGCAAUAGUUCACAGUUUUUGGAUGUCUUUUACCGUGCAUUGCUGACUGUGUGCAACUCAAGUGCCAAUCAGUAGAAUGAUUAUCGUUUUAUUUUUGCUAAACCAAACCUCUAUUCGCUGCAUCGAUUUGUGCAAACAAACAAAAGCUACCACCCCGCCAAGCAAAUGGCGCUAGUUUCUAUGUGUGGUCGCCAAGAUGGCGCCACAAUCGCAGUGAAAAGCUUUGGGCAGGGUUCGUCAACGUAGUAAUCGAGCGAUGCGAAGAAAAGCGUUUGUUGUGUGAGGAAAAUGCACUGCCGUGUGGAAUAGAUCCAACAAAAGUGUGAAAUUUUAACACAAUUUCUUACUCAAAGUUUAGAUAGCUGAUUUUAUCACUAACCAUAGUUGCUCUCACACCCUUCAAAGACGUUCGCAAAGUUGUAGAAAAUUACAAAUGUUUUGAAUAGCUUAUUAUUGUUUUUUUAAAAUUUUUCAACACGUGAUUCAUCACACUUUGUAACUAGUAAACGUGCAUUUGAUAUAUCCCAUUUCACGACACAUCCACCAAUUGAUUACCAUUACCAAGGCCUUACCUUUACAUCGGUUACAUGUACAAAAUGCGCUCAUCCGGUUUCAGCAACUCCCUUCCCUUGUAGAAUUAGUUGUACAGUUUAGUUCCCUCGGUGUGCUCCCUCCUUUAAGGUAUCUCAGCACAAGCGCAACGUGUGUGUUUGUGUGUUUGUAUGUGUCGAUAGAUUCGCACUAGCAGCAAGUUGUGUGUAGUGGGUUUUUUAAACAUUUGAAUCACAGAAACGUAUGCAAAUUACUCUCGCAAGAAUCUAGACCAAAUCUGCAACAAUUCGUCCAAGGAAUCUAAAUUCCGCUCUAAUUUUUAUUUGUUUUGUUGGAAAAUGCGUUAACUAUAUCUACAAUCUAUCACUCGAUCGUGAAAAGCGACAUUUAAUCGUGUUACAAAAAGGAUGUUUCUGUGUGUGUGUCUAUUUUUGCGCUCGAUAGCAAAGAUUUAAAACAGUUUUGACCUAAACAAGAACAAAAAAAAAGACAGUAGUAUGGUAAAGCGCUGCA